AAGAAGAAAAUUCUGUGGGCAAAGUUCAAGUUGAAGGAUAGAAACGAACAAGGGUCUGGAAACGAAUCAAGGUGAACGAAGUUCAAUCUUUUCUCUGUAAAGUUUCCAACUUGCAAUUUUCCACCAAAAUUCCUCAAUUUUUCAGCCAGAUAAUUGCUUAAUAGUCAAAGAAACAUGACAUUUGAUCUACCAUUUGAAUGUAUAGCUAGUGGUGGAUAGAAAGUUCACAGAGGAAUGUCAAACAACAUCUGCAUGUAUGAGAUUGAUGAUAAUAUGUGGGAUGAAUUUGGUGAAAAUGAUGAUCAUAUAGUGCCCCAUGAUGAUAACAAACAUAAGAAUCAGUUCAUAAUACAGGAUGACGGCUGUAAGAAAUCACGUCAUGAAUCGCAUGGUAUCAGGAGUAGUGAGUAUGUGAGUAACUAUCGCACUCAGGGUGAAGAGGAGUCAUACUUGCAAAAUCUGACCCUAAAACAAAGAAUGCUAGAAAAGGGUUCAAGGUCAGGCAAAGAUGAAGGUGUGUUUUCUUCAUGUGAUAGUGACUCAUGCAAAGAAGCAAAAAGGCUAACCUCAGAUGACACAGGCAUGCCUGAUCACUGUUUGAAGAGCAGCGAUAUAGAUUCUGGUGGCAACGAGUUAUGUGCAGAUGAUAUCAUCUUGGAAGACAAGUGUGUGGUGGAAGAUGAUAAUGAGUGUCAAUAUCCAAUCCAUCAUACAUCCCAAGCUGACAAUGAACUCAGUUUUCUUGAUAAUGAUGGGUGGCUGGAUAUCGGAAACUUCGAAGAUGUAGACAGGAUGUUAAGUUGUGACCUAAACUUUGGAGUGGGGAGUCUCAAUAAUGAUGAGGAGUUCUCCUGGCUCUCAUCUUCACACGGUGCUGAAGGUUCAGAUGAUGCGUUGAAGUCCAACUUCAAGUUUUCAUGUGCAGAAAUGAGUCCAUUGAAAAAUAUGUUGGAUUAUAAUCUGGACUCCGAGGAAAAUAUUGAAUUCCUUCCAAUCAAUGGUUCCAAUAAAAGAUCACCUCCUGUUGAUAAAAAAAUGAGGUCUCAAAUGGAUGUUGAUGAUGAUGGUGUCCCUGCUCCAUUGUCAAUAUUCGGUGAAUCAGGCAUGAAAUUUGGUACUAAAGAUGACUUGGUGCACAAAGAAAAGUUGCAGAGGAAGCUUCCAAAGCCAUCAGCAGGAAGGCGUAAAAAUGGCUUCCAAGAAAAUGGAGAUAUAAGGCAGCCCUUUGGAACCUCUUCCAGUGGAGUUACUUCUCUUGAUAGUAUCCAAGAGCAUAUUCUGAACAUAGAUUCUGAUUCCUUUGACUGCAUACAGACACAAAUUCCUAUAGAACAGCCAGACUUUAGUCCUACUCCAUAUCAAACUUCCCUCUUUCCGACUUUGUCUGGACCAAGAUCCAAGCACGAUGGACAUCCUUUGUCUUCUCUUAAAGAAUCAUCUUAUGUGUCAAACCUGGAGAGUUCUCACAGUCAUUCUAUGGUUGCUGCUGCCUUGAAAACCAACGGGAAGAGAGGCAAGUUGUAUCAUAGCCAUGAUGGACACCUGUUAAAUAGGAGUUUUGAAAAUAUGGCAAAUGAAAUUCCAUUUCCCAGUCCAGGUUCAGGUAAGCAGGUAGCUCAUCAGUUUGAAAAUGAAAAUGAAGGUCAUAGUGAAGUUCAGGGAGUUAGCCUUGGAUUUUCACCAGAAAUGGACUCAUCAACUGUGCAGGAAAGCUCACCCAUGAGCUCUUCUCUGGACCGAACCUCGCUAGAAGCAACUAGCUUUUCCCACUUGCAACAGGCAUUGGAUCAGUUGGAUAUUAGAACCAAACUGUGCAUAAGGGACAGUCUAUACCGCUUGGCUAAGAGUGCGGAGCAAAGACAUGAUAAUGUAAACACAAAUGGCUACAUAGGAGAUGAUAGUGAAGCGUGUCAAGCAAUGUCGGUACAGGAUCCGAGCAGGUGUACAGGGUUCAUGGAUAUAGAAAUUGACACAAAUCCUAUUGAUCGGUCUAUAGCACAUUUGCUAUUUCACAGGCCUUCAGAGCCAUCAACGUUGCUUCCUAACCAUACAGUACCUUCCAAAUCCAGUGCCCAAGAUACAUGGAUCAGUGAUCAAUCCACCAGUAAAGACUGAGAAGCAGUUCUGUCUGGAAGACUCUUCUACAAGAGUAGAAACUAGAAAGUAAGUUCUUAGGGGGUAACACAUAGUGUAAGCAAAGCCAGAGUUGGCACAUUUGGUGCACAAUUUAGACUUUUCAUGUCAUCAAAUAAGAUGUGUAUAGUUAUUUCAGGCUUACUCGAAUCUAAUUGUAAAUUUGCUUUUCAUUUUUGCAUCCAUACUGAUUUAUAUUUGUGCUGAUAAUCACAAGGUAGAUGAUGCAGAGUAAUAUUACGCUCUCAAUUGUAUAUGUGAUAAUAUGAUGUGAUGUAUCAAGAAGAGAGAUAGAGAAUACAAUUGAGGUGUCUGGCAUGUGUUGACGCUG